GGAUUAUUGGAGGUAUAUUGCUCUUUCAUGCCUAUAUCUCUACAGACCAUACAACCUGGACUUGGAGAAUCUGAUCUAUUUAGAUGAAAUCGCCAUUAGUACUUUUGUGUAUCAGGCUGAGACCUGCAUGUGUUAUAACCCCGCAUGCUAUGUAACAAUAGUGACCUCAGACCUUCUCUCCAUUUCUUCAUCAUCCAGCAAAGAACCCUAUCAUCAGAUAAAUUCAUAUUUUCUUUCUGAGUAACCAUAUCUCGUCCUUGACAAUGAUUCUACACACCUCGUUCCUCUACGGCGCUGUACUCAUUCUCCUGAUACUCAUCUCAACCAUACUUGCUGCGAUCGCCUGGACUCGAUCCAUCGGUUUCUCGCUACCGCUCUCUCCCUCCAUCCCAGCGCUAGGCACCUUCCUCCCCCUGUUCACGUUGGGAGUUGCCAUUCUCCGCGCCCGAACACGCCAGAGCCGCUACGAGCCUCUCUUCCAUGCGUUAAGCCAGCUACUCACUCUGUUCCCCGGGGUGCUCGGGACACUCGCCAUGACGUACCUGCUCCCCAGCGAGAUCCUGAACUGCCGGCUAGAAACACAAUGGCAGAGAUUCUUCCACAACAAGGAUGCAGGAGCCAUCAGGCAGAUUCAAGACCAGCUACGCUGCUGUGGGCUGCGAAGUAUCCAUGACCGGGCCUGGCCGUUCAAGGACGCCAGCCACGGCGACGACGCGUGCGAGGUACGCUUCGGAUACGACCGGGCGUGUCUGGGGCCGUGGACGGAGAGGGAGCAGAGUGCAGCCAUGAUGGUGUUUGUUGCUGCUGUGUUUACGCUGAUGGUUAAGCUUUUCUUCGAAUACGGAUAUCCGAGCUGGACGAGGCAGCAGAGCUGGACAGAACGGACAGAGCAGAGCAGGCCGCGUGCGCUCGAGUCAACGCCCUACACUGACAAUGACCAGUUGGAGCGGGGGGAGAAUACCGAGACCGGCGAGGGAGUAUGGAAUGACUCGUAACAGUCUUAUGUAUACGUAGCUAUCAUAAUGGGUGUGCCUGGCAGUCUAACGUAUCAUUCAACCAACAAUAGAUGACUACACUAGAUAAGAUGCUUAGACCUAAAGUACGCCCGCAGGUAGACAACCUGCCAUGCUCCCAGACCAACGAGCAUUCCCAUAGUGCCAAAGGCAAACCACUUGACCCGCUCGUUCGUGCUCUCAUUCGUAUCCCGCAGCUUCUGCUCGCGUGCGCGCAGGUAUUCCAUCUCGCUGACGAUCUCGGCAACCAGCUCCUCCAUGCGUCGCAGGUCCGUCUCCACGGGCUUGAGCUUCUCCUGCACCUGCACGCUCGACCAGUCGCGCGC